UGCUGCUGCAAAUUGCGGGAGCCCGCCUGCCAGGAUCGCUUUUGGCGUUGCACAAGCGCUGUGUGUGCUGCGCCUCCGCUGCGGUGGCGUUUCAGCCUUUUUGCCUAGGCUGGGCCUCUCCCAAAAGCUGGAGAGCCCUCUCUAAAGCCGCCUAUACGGCCGCAUCAAUCUCAAGCUCAGUGGAGCAGGCCAAACGCAUCAAGCACAGACAAUUCGCACCGAGAAAACGCCGCAGCGGCCAUGCGUGCGGCAAUGCCAGCCAUCCUGCUGCUGCUCUCCCAGCCCAGCCGCAGCCUCAGCCCCCAAGCGCGGCGCACGCCCCACGCGGGCUACCACGGCCAGGGGCAGACCGACUUCUUCGUUUUUAACCGGCGUCCUAUGUAUUUACUUCACGUCGCGGCGAUGGCGUGCACGCCCAUGCCGUCACGCGUCGGCGCGGUGAGAGAGAGGGACCGCCGGACACGCCCCACACUAAAGAAAAACGAACGCAGGAGGGCUGGUACAACCGGAUCACCCUACCCGAGAACGAGCAGUCGUUCGCGUUCAUCUACGCGAUCUUCGACCCGGGCCGCCGGACGGCGCGGUCGGGCGUCGACGCGCAAGUCCUUGCCUCCACGGCGGACGCCGCAAAAGCGAUCUGCGCGUCUUCAACAGAUUGCUCGCCCUUCGCCGCGGCCCCCCACGACCUGUCGCUGCGCUACGCCGGCGAUACCUUCUCGUUCGCGAUGACGUCCGUCCAACACCGGGGCCGCCUCGACGGCGUCACGUGGGACUUUCGCGUCCGCCCGGACGUCGGCUGGGGCGGGCGCUUCGGCGACGCGCGGCAGUACUCGACGGCGGGCUGGCUCGCGGCGCUCGGGCCGCUCCUGAGCCCGCACUACCAGGUCCUCAUGUCCCUGGGCCACGCGACGGGCUGGGUCGAGAUCGAGGGGCAACGGACGGCGUUCGUCGACGCCCCGUUCUACGCCGAGAAGAACUGGGGCCGCGGCUUCCCGCGCAAGUGGUGGUGGCUCCAGUGCAACGCCUUUGAUGCCGUCGAGCCGGCGUCGCAGCUGACGCUCACGGCGACGGGCGCGCGGCGGAGCCUGCUGGCCGGCGGGGCGCUCGAGCGCGAGGAGGACGUCGGGCUCGUGGGCAUCCAUUUGGACGGAGAGUUCUGGCCCUUCCCCGAGGUCGAGUGGACCGUGGCGCCGUGGGGCGCGUGGCGCGUGACCGCGUCCUACGCCGACCGGGGCACGUCCUGCACGAUCGAGGCCGAGACGGACGACGAGGGCUGCGCGGUGCGCGUGCCGUCGAAGAGCGGCAUGGUCGACGGCGCGCGGGAGACGUACCGCGGUACUCUGCGCGUGACGAUGUUUGACAACGGCCGCGAGGUCGUGUCCGCCACGACGAGGCACGCCUGCCUCGAGACGGGCGGCGAGUUCGACGCGGAGUGGGCGGCGGCCUCGGCCAUGACGGAGCCGCUCAAGUCCGUGGCCUACAACGUCGAUUUGGAGAGGGCUAUAUCGUCGCGGCUCGACGCGGCGCGGCGGCGCGGGGUUAUCGACGUGCCUGGGUUAUAGACGUUGGCGACCUAAGUAUUCUUGUUGUUACGCGCAGGG